AUGCAACGGAGCCUGGACCGAUUUCGCUUCCGACCGCCCAUCGGCCAGCCAGCCAGCCAGCCACCCAGCCAGCCGGCCAGCCAGCCAAUCAGCCGACCAGCAGUCUGGAGAAAUGUUAAAAUGGGGCUGCUUUGGGAGAACAGUUCAAAUUGCGCCUGCCGAUCGAUACGCAGCUUCAGUCGACUCACAGUCCUGGCCAGGAAAGUUGCCGGAAGGAGAAUGCCCAAGUUGUGCCGAGACGAAAUGUUGUGGCCUCGUCUUGGCCGAGUUUGA